AAGAUAUAUAUAUAUAUAUAUAUAUAUAUUGUUUUUGGUAGAUGAAAUUGGGGGAUAAACAUUGAGAAAUUGAGCUGAAAGACAAAAAACAACAAUAAAUAUAUUAAGAAUGUUGGGGAUAAAAAAAGAAGAGGUGAUGAUAAAAUUCGAUUUAAAUUAGAAUGGGUCCCGAAAUACAGCUGGUGUGGAGAAGUACAGAAGUGUUUUUUAAGGAACGGAAAAUGAUAAUAGUUGAGUGGGGGAUGAUCAGACACCAAGUACGAUUUUGUAUCCAAAAAACAAGAUUGAGAUCUGAACUUUGGAUGGAGUGUAAUGAUGACAUAACAGGGACGUGAGUUUUUGUUGAACUUAUAGAUAUUUCAAGCGGUAAGCACAGUGAUAAUUAAAUUCGGUGGUGAUCGUCGUAUUAUUAGGGAGUGGGAACAAAAAUUAGGAUGUAUAACACAAAUCAGGUUAUUGGCAACUAUAGAGCUGGAGUUGUGUGUGCAUUAUAUGCCAGUGACUUCCUCCGCGGGUGUUUUCCACUACCAUCGAGGCUACUCUCCAGUACCAUUAGAGCUUCAAUUUCUCCUUCUUUGGGACGAAUAUCACAAAAUUACCAUGGAGCACGAUCUUGACAAGUUCCCCUUACUCUCUUACGUCCUCCACCAAUAUGAUUCCAACCACCACGCGCCGCCGUCCACGGCCGUACAACAAACCCUCGCCCCUUCUUUUCCACUUCUCUCCGACCCACAGAUCAUGUCCCCGUUGACUCAGUCCAUCCCCACCACCAUCACGCAGACGCUAACCGUCUUGGCCUCUGUCGGACCACGACCAGACCCGUUAGCUGUUUCCUCCGCUCGCUCCAAGAUCGCUGAGAUCCUUCAGAUGGACUCUCUCUCGCCGGAGGAAGCGGCCAAGGAGGCUGAGAUUUACGCGGGGGCUGUGCGGUUGGAGGAGGUGUAUGAUAGCUACGAGAAGGAGCUGAGUGACUUGGAAGAGAAGCUUUCAAGGGUUUAUGCCACGGAGGUGGAGUCUCUGUUGAGAAGCCGCGAAGAAAUGAACGAGGAGGUUGUUAAGGUGCUCAAGGCGGCGGAGGCCGGCCAAGUUCUUGAGAGGGUUGAUCUCUCCGGCCAAGAACUUAAGUUUCUCCCUGAAGCUAUUUGCAAAAUUGUUGGCUUAGUUUCCUUGAAUAUCUCUGGCAAUAACUUGACGUUUAUACCUGAUGCAAUCUCGAAAAUGAAGAAGCUAGAAGAGCUUGAUGUAUCUUCAAACUCUCUUGAAUCUCUGCCUGAUUCUAUAGGCAUGUUGCUUAACCUUAGGGUCCUUAAUGUGAGUGCCAACAAUCUAACUUCACUCCCUGAAAGCAUAGCACAUUGCAGGUCACUGGUUGAGUUAGAUGCAAGUUACAACAACUUGACUUCAUUACCUACAAACAUCGGAUACGGAUUACAGAAUCUUGAGAGGUUAUUGAUCCAUCUGAACAAACUCCGUUACUUUCCAGGUUCCAUAAGUGAAAUGCGUUCCUUAAAGUAUCUUGACGCGCACAUGAACGAGAUCCAUGGGCUUCCAAGUUCCAUGGGGAGACUAAAGAAGCUCGAGGUUCUAAACCUAAGCAGCAACUUCAACAACUUGAUGCGUGUCCCCGACGCAAUCACCGAUUUAAUCAACCUGAGGGAGCUUGAUCUAAGCAACAACCAAAUCCAAGCGAUACCGGAUUCGUUUUAUAUGCUAAAGAAGCUACAGAAACUGAACUUGGACCAUAACCCGCUCGAGAUCCCGUCUCAAGAAGUGGCUAAACAAGGAGCUGAAGCGGUUAGAGAGUUUAUGAGGAAGAGAUGGGACAUGAUAAUGGGGGAGGAGCAACAGAGGAUCGGUGUUGAGGCUGAGCGACAUGGAGAUGGAUCAGGGUGGGUCUCAUGGGGAACCUCCAUGGUUACUAAUCUUGUUUCUGGGGUGUCUCUGACUGUUGGAUUUGGAGGAGGAUCUGGUGAUGGUGGAGAUAAGAAACCUGGAGAAUCACAUUUUUAUCACCAAAUCUAAGUUUUCUCUAGUUUUUUUUAAAAAAUAAUUUUUGGGUGACUUCUUGUGAAGAAAUCAUCAUUAAGUUGCUUACGGUCUUUGGCAAGUUUGUAACAUAAGAAACUAUUAUUUUUAUAUAUUUUUUUCACUUUGGUUCUCAAAAUUUCCUCAAUAGUUUCUUUAUUACAUA